UCUAACGUUUUGAGAAAAGUGGAAUGUAUUCACAUGCAAUGCCUCUAAUUUCUCUCUCUCUUUCUCCUUCUCUCUCAUACGAAUCACCAUCAUACGCCAUUGACUUUAAUUAAUGUCAUAAAAAAAAAUCCAUCAUUAACAACUUGCUAUUCUUUUCAUCAUCAAGAAGAUGAACAACACAACCGAUUCAUCUGGAUUCUUUGGCUCAAAUGACAUAAGUGGAUUUGGCUAUGGCAUAGGAAUUUCAAUUGGGAUUCUUCUACUCAUCACAACAAUCACACUCACUUCUUACUUUUGUGCAAGAUCACAAGUUCCAAAUGCUCCUAGAAGAAACAACAACAACCACAACAACACCUCUGAAUUUCUUGAGCCACAACAUUCAAUAAUUAAUUUUGGAUUAGAUGAAGAAACAAUCAUGAGUUAUCCAAAGAUGUUGUAUUCUGAAGUGAAGCUUAGAAAAAAUGAUUCAACUUCAACUUGUUGUUCUAUAUGUUUGGGUGAUUACAAAGGAAGUGACAUGCUUAAGGUUUUGCCUGAUUGUGAACAUUUGUUUCAUCUCAAGUGUAUAGAACCUUGGUUAAGGUUGCAUCCUACUUGUCCUCUUUGUAGAACUUCUCCAAUUCCAACACCUCUUUCAACACCUUUGGCUGAGGUUGUUCCAUUAGCAACAAGGAGAGAUUCAUCAUAGGUAGUUUCAUUUUUUUGUAUUUUUUUGUUUCAAAUUGCAUCAUUGGUGGAAUUGUCCCAAAAUUUAUAUUUUAGUACUUUAUUUAUUGAUUCCAUAGUGUAUAUUCUUCCGUUUAGCCUUUGUGCCAAACAGAAUUUGUUGAAAAUUAGUAACAAAUAUUGGUUCAUUAUAUAUAUGUCUCUAAUUUUGUAGUUAAAUGUUAACGAUAUUUUUAGUAGAAAUCGAAUAUCUUCUGCAUAUAAUUUUAGAGAUUAAUCUGUUAAAUCGAUAAAAAAUUAUAAUAGACAGUAAAAUUCUCUUUAAAAAAAUUUAACACGGUUGCAUACCUAAGACUGAGUUUAAACUUAAAAUCUCUAAGAAAGAAAUCCUCUAUGUAUUAGUAAUGAAAAUUUUGAUCCUAAAGUGAAGGCAUAUUAAGUGCAUGUGUCUGUAUAGUGAGAGAGGGGCCGAGACAUUAAUUUUGUACAAAAGAGAGCCACCAUUGGAACUGUAUGAAUUGAAAUUUGGAUACAUAGGAGAUUAAUAGAACUUAUGUAUUCUAGUUUCAGUGUAUUUAGUGCUCAAGCUCUGGCCCAUCAUACUGCUUCUCAGUUUAGCAAGCAACUUUUUUGUUUUUAGGGACAAAUUCUGCAUCCCAAAUGAUGAAUUGCUCUCGUGAAUUCCUUCUUUUACAAUACAGUUUAAUAUCUUUGAAAAAACAUCAUCAUGCUAAUGAUUUCCUUCUUCACGGCCUAUGAUUUUAUAAUUUGACAUUAGAGGUUAUAUCCUUUAAUGAUAUAAUGAUAUGAGUGUUAGGCUUAAUUUUCGACAACAGUAAUCUUAGUGUAUAAAAGAGAGGUUCAAGAAAAAAAACUAAGUAACAUUUGAAGAAUUAAAAGAGCAUUUCGACACAAUCUUUUCAGCUCAAGAAGUCGAAGUUUCAAGCAUAAGAUAUAAGUGGAAAAUUAGAGCAUUUCGACACAAUCUUUUCAGCUCAAGAAGUCGAAGUUUCAAGCAUAAGAUAUAAGUGGAAAAUUAGCGUUUUCUCAGGAGCUAUGUAGCACCGACAACUUUGAAAAGAGGCAUGUUCAUGUCGGUGUUGGUGUCGGACACCUGCAAUGCACUUGUGAUUACUUUUAGUUUAUUCAUUUUUUUCAAAUUAUUACCGGUGUCGUUGUGUCAGUGUCGGGGUUAUUUUCGGGGUGUCUGUGCUUCAUAGCUCAGGAGUAAUUGUCCAAGGAUCUCGACGAAGAACGGCACAGUCAAGAUUUCGAUGAAAAGGUUGGCAUGAGUCUUCGACAGCAACAAAUUGACCGCAGAGAAGAGCAACAUAAUUGUUUUUAGAACUUAUCU